CACUCACAUUCCACUUUCCUCGCUUCACUCUCAAGACUGUUCUUGCUGCGAUUUAAGGGGUCACAUAUCAAUAUGAGGGAGGCAGCAAAGGAUAGAAUCAGUAAUUUGCCAGACUCGCUUCUUCAUCAGAUCCUUUCUUUCCUUGAAAUCAAGGAUGUUGCUCGCACUAGCGUAAUAUCUAAAAGAUGGAAAUACAUUUGCAUAACUGUCCCUGAUCUUGAUUUUUCGAUUUCCAAUCGCAUCACCAGUUCUUCCGAGACCGAUAAAUUCAUGGAUUUUGUGGAUGGAACAUUGCAUCGUCAUAAGUUCUCGAAUGUAAACAAGUUCUCUCUCAGAUGGGAUGACCACUUGAAUGAAUCUCGGCUUCAUUCUUGGAUAUCUUCUUUAUUAAUGGGUAACGUUAAAGAGCUCAGUCUACACAUAAGACAAAACCAGUCAGUGUUUAUUCCCCCAUCUCUUUUUACUUGUGAGUCAUUGAUUUCGUUAGACCUAAGUACUUACCCUAAUAUCCGCCUUCCUAAAUGUAUCAAUUUUCCAAGACUCAAGCACCUUAAACUUAGUGGAUUCGAAAUUAGCGAUGAGUCCUGGAAUGGGGAACUGUUUUUAAAUUCCCCUGUCCUUGAAGAAUUGAUUCUGGGCCCCUGCAAGUUUGAUAUUGGGAAUUUCUGUAUUUCAAUUCCUACACUCUUGAAAGUUUAUAUUCUGUGUGACGAUGAAGACUGUGCUUUCAUAGUCGAUGCACCGAGGCUUGUAAGUUUCUCCUACUGUGGUUUUGUUCCAACAGAAUUUGUCUUACCUAGCUUUCUAGCACUAGAGGAAGCAAAUGUUGCAAUCUACUUUGGAGACUACAUGGGCGCACUAGAAGAAAGACUAAGUGGGUUCCUUUGCUCCCUUGCACAUGUAAAAUGUCUAACUGUCAACAACGAAACCCUUGCGUAUAUCUGCAUCACAUCCUAUCUGUCAGACAAUUUGCCGAAAUUUCAUAAUGUCAAACUGUUGAGCAUAUCUGGGAGUGUAAGCACCAAUGAAGGAUUGAUUGCUUUGCUCAAAGUAGUACCGAAUCUGGAGUCACUCGUAAUUGAGCAGGAUAUGGAUGAUGAAAUAGAAGAAGACAGUGACGAGGACGAUGAGAACGGCAGUGACAGCGCUGAGGAAGACGGUGAUGAUGAAGAUGGCAGUGACAGCGCCGAGGAAGACGGCGAUGAUGAAGAUGAAAAUAACAACGCUGAGGAAGACGGUGAUGAUGAAGAUGAAAAUAACAACGCUGACUACGUUGAGGGCGAAAGCAACCACGACAAUGAAGACGUAGGUGAUGUCUCUGACGCUGCCGACUGUGGCAGCGCUGAUGAGGGUGAAGACAAGUAUGACAAUGAAGACAUUGGUGCCAACUCCAUCGAGGGCGAAAACAACUAUGACAAUGAAGACCAAGGAGAUGUUGCAGAUUCUGCUGAGUGCGACAACAGCGAUGAGGGUGAAGCCAACUAUAACAAUGAAGAUGAUAGUUUGUUUCCACAUCUAAAGUCAGUUUGCUUCCAGAAAUUUGUUGGGAAUCCAAGGGAGCUGAUGUGGUUGAAACUGAUUUUAAGGGACGCAAAAGCUUUGCAAAUGAUGACUAUUUGCUACUAUGAUUUGCGUUACCGGUUUGCAAAUUGGAAAAGUGAAAAAGAAGUUAUGGUAGAGAUACCAAGUUUUCCAAGAGCCUCACCAGGUUGUAUCUUUAAAUUCAGUUCUUAGGAUGGGUAAAAUCAAGUUAUAAUCAGCUUUGUUUCAAUUUUUUUACUUUGAUAUUCGACUUUUGUUUAUUUCUGGUUCUGAACAUCUUUUUAAAAUUAUCAUAAAUUCAUGAUUGCUUCUUACUUGUAGCUUAA